UUAAAGUUUAAUUUUUAAUUAUAAGUAGAAGUAAUAGCACAGAUUAAGCUAUUCUAACCAUGGCUAAGAGAAAAGUUUCUUUGCGACGUUCUAAACGGUUCUCCGGAAAUAGAUCUUCUUCUCUGUAUAAUUCUACAGUUCUCGAUUCGAAUUCAACUAUUUUAGGUGAAGAAUCAAGAUUUUGGUGGAAUGAUUUGGAAGAGAAUACGUCUUUGCGAUAUUCUUUAAUACGUAAUAAUGGAAAUGAAACAACUCAACAAUUGAGUCAGAAUUCAGAAACCAAAUCUGAUCAAAAUACGUUACAGUGGUACAAAUAUUUAUCAUCGGACAGUGAACAUAAUGCUUCAAACUCAAAAGAAAACUUUAACAGAGUGGCAGUCAAAACACAUCGUAAAGUUAUAGCAUCAACAACAUCUGAAUCCGAAAAUGAAGUUGAUGUAACAAAAGCGAAAAGGUUUAAUCUGAGGCCAGCACGUAAAACAACUGAAAAAAAUGUUUUUUUGGAUGUUUUGAAUACUGAUACUGGUACUAACUCUGAUAGUGGUUCUUUAAACAAUAAAAAUUCACAAAUAAAGCUACAUGAAAGUAUAGAGGAUAGUCCAAAUUUGAGUAUAAGAUUAAAGCCAAAUAUUUUUAAGAAAAAAAGAGGUAAUAAAGUGGAAGAUCGGAAUAUCUUUCAAGAUGUACUGGCAAAAAAUAGCAUUUUAGACAGCAGUAUAAGGAAAAAAUCGUUUGGACUUGAUAAGGAAUUCUUGCAGAAUUCAACUUCUCAAAAUAUUGAUACAAACAAAGAUCAUAUUAAUGAUCAAAGGAAAGGAUCUAUAAAAUUAUCACAAGCGUUAUCACUGGAUAAUGAAAUUGAUUCUUCGGAUGUAUCAACUUUGAAAAAUCAGAAUGCAACAUUUGAAAAUAAUAUUAUGUCUGAUAUUGAUGAGACAGAGCACGGUAAUGAUAAAAGUAAAAGAUUAGGUAAACGUAUGAAAUCCUAUUUUUCGCGACGCGCACGAAGAAGCACAGGAAGAAAUGCUUUUGAAAUUGCUCUGGCUGAUGACCAAGAUAUAUCAGCAUUGAAUGCAUCUAAGAAGCAAUUGUUAAAUAUUUCAAAGGAAAAAAACAAAGACAAUAUUGAAGAAGAUACGAGCAGUUCAUCUUUAAAUAAUAAUGAAAUUCGCAAGUCCGUGAAAUUUUCAAAGUCAAAAAUUAAAUAUUCGAGAUCACAUAAUAAGAGCUUAAAUGAAAAUUCACAAAAGGAGCCAUUUGAACAGAACAAUACAAACGGAGAACAGACUUUAAGCAUAUUGACUGAACGAUUAUCCAAUUUAAGUCCUGGUAAGGAAACUCGUUUAACACGCAAUAGUUCUAAAACGCGAUUUGAAACACCGACGCCUACGAAGAAAAGAGCACGUAAAGUUACGAAUGAUGAUUUGGAACACAACAUCAAUGAAGAACAAAAUUCAGACACAUUGGUCAAACGAUUACCCAACUCAAGUUCUGGUAAGGAAACUCGUUUAACGCGCAAUAGUUCUAAAACGCGAUUUGAAACACCGACGCCUACGAAGAAAAGAGCACGUGAAAUUACAAAUGAUGAUUUGGAACACAACAUCAAUGAAGAACAAAAUUCAGACACAUUGGUCGAACGAUUACCCAACUCAAGUUCUGGUAAGGAAACUCGUUUAACGCGCAAUACUUCUAGAAUUCGAUCUGAAACACCGACGCCUACGAAGAAAGGAGCACGUGAAAUUACAAAUGAUAAUUCGGAAUAUGACAUGAAUAAAGAGCAGGAUUCAAGCACAUUGGACAAAGAACCACCCAACUCAAGUCCUGGUAAGAAAACUCGUUUAACGCGUAAUACUUCUAGAAUUCGAUCUGAAACACCGACGCCUACGAAGAAAGGAGCACGUGAAAUUACAAAUGAUAAUUCGGAAUAUGACAUGAAUAAAGAGCAGGAUUCAAGCACAUUGGACAAAGAAUUAUCCAAAUCAAGUUCUGGUAAGGAAGCUCGUUUAACACAUAAUAGUUCCCAAAGUCGAUACAAAACACCAAACUUUACAAGUGGGGCAAAAUUGUCUACACAGUCUGCAAAUAAGAACGUCCAUAUUGAAGAUGUCGAUGUCGAUAGCGUAAGUACGAUUUCUGAAAUAAAUGUAGAUGAUUCCUUACCAAUAACAAGUUCUACAAGAAUUUCUUCCGCUCAAAUUAAUGAGGGUGUAAAAGCCCACAAAAAUGCUACUUUAUUCUUUAAUACGGCUGAUGAAGAAGAUGUUUUCGCGACGCAAAUGGUUCAACGAAAAUAUUCUUCGCCAGGUAACAGAACGAGCAACAAGACAAUAAAUCAGCAAACAUUGUCGACCGUGGUAAAUCUAAAUAGCAUUAAAGAGAAUAAAGAAACUGCACAUAGGCAAAAGAGCUUGAAUAGAUCAUCUCAAAAUGGUAGCACACCGAUUAAAGCAUUAAGUAAAAAUAUUUCUAUUCGUAAUAAAUUAAAUUCACCCAAAAAAUUGAAAACGAUAGAUGAUUUUUUCAAAGUGAAACAAUCUUCUACAACAGUGGCUGAACCGUCUACAUCAAAUAAUAAGAACUUGGCGCCCUUACAAACUUUCAAUGAGAAAAUGGAGAAGAUUAAAAUGGAGCUGGAGACAAGAAACCAAACGAAGAGUCACGAAGUGGCUGCAACUGAUAAGAAAAAAUAUGAGUUGAAAGUGAGAAAUGCGAAUCCGGUCAGUAUCGUGGUAAAACAACGUGCUAAGAACAAAGUGCCUGCAAAGUCGACAAAGAAAGUGGACAAGGCGUUUCUAGUAAACGGGGAAGUCUACAGAGUACCGAGGCUUCCUCGCCCCAAGUAUUGGGUCACAGAUCAUCUUUACAAGUUCUUAUGGAAUCGCAUGGAGGAAAAGUAUAAAUUUGCAACAAGAAUAAAAUCUGAGAAAUUCGUGCAAGAGUUAAGCAAGAUAGUCUCUUUUAUCUGCAAUAGUAAGAAGUACGACAGCUAUAAGAUGGAAUUAAAGGCACUGAUGAAAGAAAUGGCUCGAUUGAAUAUUAUUAAGACUCGUAACGACUUUUAUAAUUUUUGUUGGGAUUUUAUGCCAUAUGAAUUUCGUGUUAAAGCUGUCCCUAUGUUAUUACCUGACAACAAAAGGACCAUUCCUUACGAUCCAGAAAUGUUACAUACACCAUUACUCAGUGAUGAUCAUUACGAUGAUUAAAAUCGUAAUACGAAAGGAGUUACAAUGUUAGUCGGAGUUACAAGUUAGUUACAAUGAUAGUCGUCUAAAAAUUACAUCAAAUCAAUUAAAGAUUAUGCCUUUGUAAUUACUGUGUGAUGCCGCAUUUGUAUAUAUCUAUAUUUAGGUCAUAUUUAAUUAGUCUGUAAAUUCAUACUUUAUAAUGUUGAGAUAUAAGUAAUAUAAUAUUCGAUAAGCAUAGGACAAUGUACAAGUAUCAUCUGUAUGACAUGAAGCUCCACAUGUAUAAUAUUGUUACAUUUGUAUUUUUUUAAAUAAAGUUAUGUAUUUCUUA